AUGCUUCAAAAUGCUGGCGCACUUAGACAGGAUGGAAGCGACAACUAUUGCAACUCAAUCGUCCAAGCCCUUUAUUAUACUGUACCAUUUCGAGAGCAGGUGCUUAAAUUCCCGCCAUUGUCACCAUCUGAUACCCCUAACGGAAGCCGACCUAGGGUUAACGUCCAAAUCCGAGCUCCGGCUGCGAACGGAGGCGCACAUGGAGGCGCACAUGGAGGCGCAAACGCGAAGAAAGGUUCUGCCGCUGACGCGAUGGAGAGGAGGAAACAGAUGAACUCGGGACAAAUCCAGCCGGUGCGGCCGGAGGACAAACCCGACACCCCCGAAUACAAGAAGAAGCAGGCGAUGCUAAAAGGUCCUAUAUUAGAGUUGGCGCAAGAAAGCCACGAAACCUACGGAAUGGAUGAGUGCACAUUCACGGGCCUCCGAGAUAUCUUUAUGGCACUCGUAGAUAGCACGGUCCGCACUGGGGUUCUCAGCCCGCAGCGUUUCCUCGAGAUAUUCAAGCGCGACAACGAGAUGUUUCGCAAUUCGAUGCACCAGGAUGCGCACGAAUUCUACGGACUCGUUUUGAACGACGUAAUAUCGAACGUUGAGAGCACAGCAAAGCGCUUACUUGAUCAGCAGGCCGCUUAUAGUAAUGGUAGUGUUGAAGAAUCUCUCAAAGCAGCGCUAGGAGCAAUUGCUAAGACGUCUUCGAACGGUACGAACUCUCCAGGAACAGGUUGGGUACACGAUAUCUUCGAGGGUGUAUUAACAUCAGAGACUAAAUGCCUUACUUGCGAGACCGCUUCUCAGCGAGACGAGACCUUUUUGGAUUUGUCAAUCGACUUGGAGGAACAUACCUCUGUGACCGCGUGCUUACAGAAAUUUUCGGCCGAGGAGAUGCUCUGCGAGAGGAACAAAUUUCACUGCGAUCAUUGCGGAGGUUUACAGGAAGCCGAGAAGCGGAUGAAGAUCAAGCGACUGCCCAAAGUGCUAGCAUUGCACCUGAAAAGGUUUAAGUAUACAGAAGACUACAGUCGGUUGCAGAAGCUGUUCCAUCGUGUAGUAUAUCCGUAUCAGCUGAGGAUGUUUAAUACGACAGAGGACGCCGAAGAUCCGGAUCGACUAUACGAACUCUACGCCGUUGUUAUCCACAUCGGCGGUAACGCGUACCACGGACAUUACGUCUCGGUCAUCAAGACGGAAGAUCGAGGCUGGCUGUUAUUCGAUGACGAGAUGGUCGAACCCGUUGAUAAGCACUACGUCCGAAAUUUCUUUGGGGAUAAGCCGGGUAUGGCCUGUGCGUAUGUGCUGUUCUAUCAAGAAACGACAUUUGAGAAGAUGCGGGCCGAGCAAGAGGCAGAGGGUCUCGAGGAGGUUAGGAUCGCUAGCGAAAAGGCUGGUGUCGCUCAAGAAGAUGGUCAGCCGAACGGUUCAGCUACGGGGUUAUCAAGGCAGCUAACACAACCGAUUCGGCCACCUGAAGACCGUGAAGGACUAACUAAUUUAGAUCACGCCGCUACAGCACCCGAUAUGUUUGCCGAUUCAGCUGCUGCUCCUUCUCCUGCAUUAUUACCUCAGCUCGACGGCCCGGCGCCACCCAGUCCCAUCAUUUCGGAAAGAACAGAUACGGCUAAGGGCGAAUCGAAGUCGAAAGAAGAAAGGAACCGAGAAAAGAAAGAAGCUAAGGCCCAAGGAAAGGCUCGAAAGAUAGCAGAAAAGGGAGAACUCAAAGCUAAAGAAAAGCAGCGCAAAGAGGCCGACGCACGGUUACGCGAAGCUCGCAAAGCCGAACAAGAGGAGCUUAAGAAAGCCCUAGAGGCAAGUAAAAAGAUGGCUGAAGAAGAUGAGGCCAGUCGUGGGGAACAAGAAGACAGCGUUCCGUCGCUGCAGAAGCCGGAUAGGGGUAGUAAGUCUAUGUCAAGAAAGAGCUUUGGAUUCUUAAAUAGAGACAAAGCGAAACGAGAUAGCAUGGAAGCUUUGCCCGAAAACAAACAGAACGGCGAGAGUGCGGCGCCUCCGCCCGACAAGCCGGAGCAACAGUUCAAACGUAAGAAGAGCUUCAGUUUUAGUCUCGGGAGAAGAAAAAGCCACACUACCCUCACGUAA